AUAUUUUUUAUCUGUUACCGAGUUCCGAAAGCCUACUUAAAACUUUCACUUCCUUUUUAUGUAAAAUCUGCUAGUAUAACCGUUUACUUUUAUUACACAGCAGUUCAUGUUUUCGUUUUUGUUAUAUUUGAGAUUAUAAUUGCAUAUAGAUUCCAUUUUAAUUCAUAGAAUUUACUGGAAAAAGGACUAUCUGACUCUGUCAAAACGAGGCGCCAGUUGUUGAAAGAAAGAACACCUAUCAUCUGUCACACUUACGAAAGCUUGGUCAUUCGUUUUAAUGGAAAAAUAAUGCCAGUUAAAGUUGAUAUAACUCCACCGCCUCCAGCUAACUCAAAACAGCCUGGGGUAACAAAGUCAUUGCUUUAUAACGGCUCUAAAUUCCAAGGGCACCAAAAAAGCAAAGGUAACUCUUAUGAGGUCGAAGUGGUUUUACAGCAUGUAGAUGAAGAAAACUCAUACCUUUGUGGGUAUUUAAAAAUAAAAGGGUUAACAGAGGAGUUUCCAACCCUAACAACCUUUUUCGAUGGAGAAAUUAUAUCAGCUAAGUAUCCCUUUCUCACAAGAAAGUGGGAUGCAGAUGAGGAUGUUGACAGAAAACAUUGGAGUAAAUUUGAUUUGUUUGUACCAUAUUUAAAGACAUUCAAUUCAGAUUCAUUUGACUAUGACUCUCUUGCAAAGGCUGACUAUGUAUUUAUGAGGUGGAAAGAACACUUUUUAGUGCCAGAUCAUACAAUAAAGGAUAUAAAUGGUGCUUCUUUUGCUGGUUUUUACUAUAUAUGCUUCCAUAAGUCUGCUGCCACUAUAGAAGGUUAUUAUUAUCACAGGAGUUCAGAAUGGUAUCAGUCUUUGACUUUAAGUCAUGUACCGGAACACAGCAUCCAAAUUUAUGAGUUUAGAUGAAAUCGCCAUGUGAAAACUUAAAAAUUUGGAUUGGUACUUUUGUGUCCGCUAGUACUUACUUGUUCAUUAAGUCUUAACUUCAGUCAGUAUCCAAAAUGUGUAAAGAUUUCCAAUGUUGUAUUUAUUCAGUAAUUUAAGAUAAAGAUGUCAGGGCUAAUAAUAGAACAUUCAGAACAAAAUAAUUCAGAAAUGUAAUUUUACACAUGAUUCAUGAACAACAUUGUGUUAUAUUCUGUUUUUGCACAUACUUCAGUGUCGAGGCGCUACAAUUGUAGAAUAGUCAGAGAAGAAGUGUUAUUACUUCAUAAAAUUAAGCAGAUAACAAAUAGGAGCUCAGUUGCUGAUAUCUUUAUGUUAGCCACCCCUAGUUCACACAUUGUUUGUGUUUUUAAAACUUAUAAACAUAAAUGUUAAUUGUAAUUAUAUGACAUGUUAAGUUUCUUAAUAAUACUAUGUAUUAUUAUUGUGAUAUUUUGUACAAAUAACUUGCAUGUAAGUUGUUGUUGCUAUUUUUAAAUGAUCAUCGGUUUUGUUAUGAGUUUUAUGUACAAUAGUCAGUUAUAGUUACCUUACUUCAUGUUUAUUGGAGUAUGUGCAAGUACAGGGAAUCUCGUUUUACUGAACAAGUUAAUAUAUCAUUUGGCACCACCUAGUAGGAACUAUUAUCAAUGUUAUUGAUAAAAUUGAAUAUUUUUUUUCAAUAAAACACAUACAGUAAA